AUGGCGUUAUUAUCAUGUUUUCCAAUAAAUAUUACUGAUGAUGAAAAAUUAGAUGUGGAUGAAGGAACAGGAAUGAGUGUAGAAAUGAGAGAUGUUACUGUUUCUUCUGAAGUGAAUGCUCAACAAUCUAUGCAAGCUGCCAGAAAUUGUCGCUUGAGGUUUCUUCUUGCUACUGAUAUUGGUGCUGAGCAACCAGAACCAGCUACACGAACACUGUUUCAAGGUCUGGUACCGAAGGAUGAGCCUUACAUAGUGCAUACAUCAGUUCACUAUAGAAAUUGUCUCGUACCAAGACUGGAUUUAAUUAUUGAUUCGCCGUAUUACUGGGGUAUUAUGGAUCGUUAUGAGGCGGAAGCAUUACUGGACAAUAAACCAGAGGGCACAUUUUUGUUACGUGACAGUGCACAAUCAGAGUAUUUAUUCUCAGUAUCGUUUCGUCGAUACAAGCGCACGCUGCAUGCACGUAUUGAGCAAAAAAAUCAUCGCUUCAGUUUUGAUUUUUCCGAGCCAUCAAUUUAUUCUGCAAAUACAAUAACUACACUUAUAGCAUAUUAUAAAGAUCCAGUCAAAUGUUUAUUUUUUGAACCACAAUUAUCGGUGCCGCUGCCAAGAAAUUUUGUUUUCCCACUACAGCAUCUUUGUCGUGCUCGCAUAGCAAGUUUGACGACUUAUGACGGUGUCGAAGAAUUGAAUUUGCCGAUUUUACUGAAAAGUUUCAUCAAACAAUACCAUUAUAAACAUCCCGUAAAAACGGUGAAUUACACACCAGAUACGGAUCUCCUACACGCUUAUGCGUUGUCAUCUGUUGAAACUACGUUGGCUGGAGCAAGUUAUGCGCCAUCUCGAAGUAGCACAUAA